UCGUGCGACCAGUGCCUUUAGUUAUCAAUCAUGCGUCUCACCGAUACGCAGCAUAAUAAGCGAUUACCCCCUCCUCCCCCGUACAAGUUCAGGGAGAUGCUUCCCAUGGUGCUCAAAGACAAAGUGUCGGGCAAAGGAGGAAAACAACAUGACGUUGCUUGCAUGCCCGAGAUGAUGACUCUAUUCAGCUGCUUGGCGGAGAAAAACUACGAUUCCCAGAACUGCGGCAAGGAGACGGCAGCCUUUCAGAAGUGCUACGACGCUCACAGGGCGAAGAAGGCGCAAUACAAAGCUACUGGCUCCCAAGGCAUCUUGGUUCCGGGUAUGAAGGCGUCCCAACUGACACCGCAGCAAGCAAAUACGCUACUCAAAAUGUACCCAGUUACGAAAAUUAUGAGAAAGAUCAAAUAUUGAAAUGUACCUGUAUAAUAUGCAUAAGUGGUAAAUGAAUAGUGAAUAAGAUGUUGAUUACCUGCGUA